AUCAGUUGUGCGUCGUUGAUAAUGACUAUACACCUAUAUUAUAUUUUUAGGUGAUACUGAUCGCACUGGUCAGGAUCAGGGAGAUAGAUACAUCUUUUGUUAAGAUAGCAGAAAUAAUGGAAGAUGUUAGUGAAGAUAUAAUUAUUAACAGCAACAAAGCUCUAGAGUACCUACAGCGAACAACAGCCACUUUACAAACAGAUUACAAUAACAAGGACCAACAGUUAGCAUGUUCAGUUGUUGAAGCAAGCCACAUUAUGGAAACCCUGGUUGAUUUCUUUGAUACAUCGGAUACUUCUGACAGUACAAUGGUCGAUGUUCAAGCUGAAAUGACGAAAGUGGCUGAGCUAAUAUUACGAGGAGUUUGUCAAACAUAUUGUGAUGAUUCAAAUUGUGAUACCACCUGUCCAAUGACCAUAUUUCAGGUUAGACCGCUUGUCACUGACACGGAAUCUUGUUUACUGAAAAUGAUGAUUAUUCUGAUAGAGAGACAAAACAUUGAUCUUAUAGAGAUAUCUGGCGAUUUAACUAUAUCAGGGUACAGAAUGUUAGUCAGAGAUAUUUUCUUCCAACCAUCAAUAUUUAACGUGUUACGUAUACCACCAACUCCAGCAAACCUCGCAGCAAAUAGUUCCUAUGCUGACAAGUCUGUUAUUUUUUUGAUGAUAGUUGUCGAUCAAAGCUUGUAUAGCUUUGUUCCUGACCCAUAUGGUUUGAAUUCUGGUAUCUUUAAAACAUUUCUGAUGGAUGCAGACGGACAACCUGUCGAAAUAUUUAAUUCAAUAGACUUCUUAGUAGAUGCUUCAAAUGAAAUACAGGACGAAACAAAUGUUAGAAAUCCUCUAAUUAAUGGAACAGAAAAUCUGGAAGCUUCAUUUGACUUUGGGAGUGAAAACGGUAUGGUUAGUGUAUUAUUGAGCAGUUUGCAAGAAUGCACAACAACCGUGUCAUCUACCAAUUCAACAUUCGAUAUAGUUACCAUUGGGUUGGAUACAGUUAUAAAAGACGAAUCUCCUUCCAAUAUCAACAUCAGUUUCUUCAAUCAGUCACUACAAUUCUUCGCCAGUCCACCUAAUCCACCAAUGGAUAUGUUUGUACAUUGUAAAGCCUGUAUUCAGCAAUCAGAAGUGAUAUUUGUAUUGGAUGCUUCUGGGAGUGUUACAGCACCGUCAUUCGAAGAAAUGAAGGAUUUUGUUGUGUCAUUGGUACAGUUGAUGCAAAUAGGACCAGAACAGGUCCGGAUAGGGUUAUUAACAUUUGACACAACACCCAGUGUUAUUUUUCAGUUAGAUGAAUUUACCGAUUCUGCAACUGUUAUUACGAAUGUUAAAGGCGCUAAUUUUACAGGUGGUUUAACCUACGCAGGGGAAGCUUUAAAAGAAGUUCGAACAGCAAUGCUUCCUUUAGCAAGACCUGGUGUACAGCGACUGGUUAUACUCUUAGCUGAUGGUGCUUCAGCUGAUACGAUUUUAUUAUACGACGAAUCUGACAUGCUUAAGGCAAGCGGUGUCGAAAUUGUUGGAGUUGGAAUACGAAACUAUGAUUAUCAAGAGUUUCAAACUGUUACAAGUGACCCAGACGCUGCUUAUUUUUUUCCAGUUCCUGACUUUUCAGCUUUGACUGAUUUAUCAAAAAACAUGAUUAAUCAGAUUUGUGGUGGAUUAUGGACAAAUUUGACUUCAAAUGAAAUCCGGGCAGGAAAAUUAUCUAUGUAUGCCUUAAACAGUGCUGAUAAUAAAUGGGAGAGGUCUUCAGAUAUAAAGCUAAAAGCAAUAGAAGAUAGCACUGUAGUAUUUGAAAGUAAUUUCUUUGGGACGUUCGGUGUUAGUAUAAUGGCGAUUCCUCCUGAAACAAUAGAUUUCGAUGAAGUUUUUACAAACUUUGAUGACAAGAUUGCUGAUAAUCCUUAUGUUAUUGCAAUGAACUGUAUUCUACUAGCAGGGUUGGCUAUUGGCACUGUGAUCAUGAGAAAACUUGAUCUUGAAGACAAGAGAUUGUGGCAGUACAAACCGUUAGCUGACAAUAUAGACAGUGCUACCUUUUCCUAUUACAUCUCGGUUCAUACAGGAUUUUGGUCUAAUUUUCGAUUAUCCUCUACUCCGUUUAUAAUAUUAAAGGGAUGGUAUGGAGAAACAAUGUGUCGCCCUCUAGUUGACAAAGCUGGACUGUUCAGAAACUUGAUGCGCUGGAGAUGUUCUAAUUUCCAAUUAAAAACGGAUGUAAACCUUGGACCGUUGACAGAAGUAAAAAUAUGGCAUGACAAUGCUGGUGUCAACAAAAGUUUGUUUUUGGAUAAGGUGUUAAUAAGCAAUGGAAAUCUAGGAGAAACGUAUGUAUUCUUCUGCAAUGACUGGUUAUCUGAUAGUAAAGGUGACACAAAGACUUACAGACAACUCUAUUGUGCUCAACCCGAAUUUAAAGAUGGAAAUACGCUAUUUUCGUCUAUAACUCGUUUCCGAUUGUUUGAUGAGCACUUAUUGCUUUCAUUAUUUGGAAGACCAAGUUUUAGUCGAUUUUCACGGGUUCAACGAUUGUAUUGCAUUGCAUCAAUGAUGUCGUUAUCCUUUCUCGCUAGCGCCAUGUUUUUCAAAGCAGAUGAUACUGUACACAUUCACGGAGUAUCUAUAGGACCAAUGAAAGUUACUUACAAACAAGUGUAUGUUGGCCUGAUGACGUCAGUGAUGACGUUCCCGGUUGGAUUCCUAAUGGGAUACAUUUUUAGAAACAGACGAUAUAAACAAAAUCCAAAAGAUUUAUUAACUGGUGGAAUAAUCACAAAAGACAACGCCAAACUGCCAUGGUUUUUUGUCUUUAUUGGAUAUGGAAUUGCCGGCAGCACUUUGGUUUCUGGAUCCUUUUUUACUACCCUUUACAGUAUACAAUGGGGUUCGGAGACCUCGACUGAUUGGAUGUUGUCUAUUCUCUUUGGAACAACGAAUGGAAUUAUGUUUUUCGAUCCAUUCAAGGUUCUUUUCUUGUCACUGAUUGUAGCCCUGGUUUUUAAGGGAUUUGCAAGAAAAGAAAUCGAAAUAAUGGCUCCUUUCUAUGUCGACGAUUCCCAGUUUGGCAUUGGGUUAUCAUCAAAUGUACCUUUCUAUAACAAAUGGCCUGGUGACAAUAAAGAAACGGGUGCAGUUGCAGAAAUGAAGCGACGUCUUGGAUUAGAUCAAAAACUCUCAAAGCUCUUCCAGGGAAUUUUGUUGGAGUUGUUAUUUGUAGCUUUACUUUCCAUAAUUUGUUCUCAUUUUGUGAUAACAAAUGCAUAUCUACAAAAUGAUCAGUUGAUAAAGCAGUUACAACCAUUAAAAAAGAUUAACGUAACCAAAGACAUUUGGGAGUGGAUGUUUUACAAAUACUUACCAAAUAUAUAUCCAAGAAAACGUUACAAUGGUGGUUUUAUGUCUCCAGAGGAGCGAAAAUUUACGAGUGAUGAAAUCAGCUUCAGAAUGGGUCCAAUCAGACUGAGACAAAUAAGGACUACUGGUAUUUGCGAUAUACCUGAAAUAAUGGAGAACUCAGUAAAACAGUGCUCCCCGGACCUUUCAUUUGAUACUGAAGAAAAAGGAAACUUUUGUCCAGAUUGGACUACCUACAAUGACAAUUGUUUUGGAUCCGGAUUUACAUAUAUGUCUAGCGAGGAAACUGGGACAUUUACCAAGUUCGGAGAGUAUGACAAAUAUGGCGGCGGGGGAUAUGUCCUUGAUUUGAAUCCAUUUAAAAGUGAUGUUAAAUAUGAAAUACUCAAACUAAAUAGGACCAACUGGAUAGAUAAGCAGACUAGAUUCAUCAGCAUUGAAAAUGUUAUUCUUAAUGUUAACACCAAACUUUUUAGUCUGGUUACAUUUAUGGUGGAGAUACCUACGACAGGCGGAUAUUAUCUGAGGUCAGAUGUACUCACAUCAAAUUUGUACCCUUACAUCAAUGCAUGGGACUAUGUUGUAUUAGCAGGACAAAUAUUUUUUGUACUACUUACAUUCAUUCGGACUGUAUAUUUUACAUACGAAGCAUGGAAGUUAAAAUCAAAAUGCUUUCGAUCAAUCACAUGUUGGGGAACUAUGUUAAGUAUAUUGCUUUCGUUUACGGCAGUGGCAUGUUAUAUAGCCAGGAUUGACCGAACCAUUGUUAUUGUUGAGGAUAUAUUCAACUCCGCGGGUACCUUUGUGUCUUUUGAACUAGUCCAGUUAAUGGAUGACAUCAACAAAGCAUGUAUUGGAGUUGUUCUGUUUAUAGCCAUCCUAAAUCUUCUGUCAUCUCUCAGCUUUAACUAUUAUCUGUACAUGAUGAAGACAUCUAUUGGACUAGCUAAGGUUGAUAUUUUGUCGUUUGCGUUGCUGGCAGCCAUUAUACUGGCAGCAUUCUCUUCUUUUACAUACAUCGUCAUGGGAGGUACAUCCUAUCAGUUUCGAGACUUCUUUAAUACAUUUGGAACUUUAUUCAGAAUGAUGCUAGCAAUGGUAACUUUCCGUGAUGCCGAAAUGGCAGCCAACGCACAGUCAAAUGUGAUCUUUUCUUUCUUCAUAUUUAUUAUGACAUUAUUAAUGGUUAACGUCUUUAUCUGCAUAUUGAAUGAUGCGUUUGCUACAGUGAAAUCAAGUUGGAAUACGAAUAAGGAUAUUGAACCUUUCGAUGAAGAACUAAAUGAACACUUUUGGUGGAAAGUUGGACAAGCAUUCACAGUUUGCGCUAGCAGCUCUGAUGCGGCUUCCAAAUAUAAGCCAGAGCCUAGCGGAGUCGAUCAAGAUUUCAAACAGUUAGAUCAAAUGAUUGGUAGACUUUUUAAGAGAACAACAAAUACCUUUGAAGGGAGGUAUUCCCAUUGAAAGGUU